AUGAUACGUGAAGCAGCACUGGAGAACAAAUUUCGAAAGCUGCCCAAUCCAACGUCGCCCAGAAACGACAAACGGGUGCACAACCUGUCAUCAAAGGAGCUGGCGAAUGAUCAGAUGCAGGUUUUACGGCACGAAGCUUCAUUUAACACGGCUGACGCCAAAACUGUUAACAUGAUUGCAGCAGUGGAAUCAAUCCUUUAUCAGACGGAGGCAACGGAGGAGACUAAGAACCUCAUCCGACACCAAGUGUCGUCUCUCCUAAUGGCCCACAGGCCGCGGGAAGUGCUUUCCAAGAUCGAACGUGAUGCGCUCAGAGAACUCAAGGCCGACAAAGACCUGGUCAUCGUGCCAGCGGACAAACGACGCGCCACAGUUGUACUGGACAGGACAGACUACCUUCAAAAAGCCAAAGGUUUACUGGAGGACCGACAGUUUUAUGUCCCCUGUGCAACGAACCCCUUAAAGGCGCUGACACGCGAAAUUAAUGCUACGUUGUUGGCCUUGGAGAACUCAGGUGCAAUAACACCGACCGACAGACGCAUGGCGAGACCCCAAGAUACGGCUUUGGCCCGAUUCUAUGGCCUCCCUAAGGUGCACAAAGACGGCGCUCCUCUCCGACCCAUCGUGUCGCUCAAAGGGACUCCAACGUACGGACUGGCUAAGUGGCUGUUCCGGCGUCUCAAUUUCCUGACCGCUGAGUCAGACACCACGGUCUCUUCGUCGGCACAAUUCCUGCAGAAACUAAAGGGGUAAGUAUCCAUCCAAAUGAGGUCAUGGUAUCUUUUGAUGUUACAUCCCUAUUUACUUCUAUUCCCCAGGACCUGGCGAUCGAGACAAUUGAGCGGCUAGUACAAAGCAAAUACGAUGAAACGGAGAACCGUCUUGGACACGCCCAAGUCCUUCAGCUCUUGAAGCUCUGUCUCAGGACGUACUUCACGUUCGACGGGACAAUCUACGAACAGGUGAAGGGCACACCAAUGGGUUCGCCGGUUUCGGGAUUCAUCGCCCAGGCGGUCCUGCAACGGUUAGAGUCGCUGGUCUUCCAACACCACAGACCGAAAUUCUGGGCCCGGUAUGUGGAUGAUACCUUCGUCGUCAUCGAACGGGAUCAGGUGUUGACAUUCCAAGAACAUCUCAACGCCGUCUUCCCGGACAUUCAAUUUACGAUGGAGGAGGAAGAGAACAACCAGCUGGCCUUCCUGGAUGUCCUCGUAUGCCGCAAGGAUUGUGGUGGACUAAAGACCAAAGUGUUCAGGAAAGCGACAAAUACGAUGCAAGUACUGAACUUCAACAGUAACCACCCAAUCAGCCACAAACGCAGUUGUGUAAGGACGCUCUAUCGGCGUGUCGAAACGCACUGCAGUGAGCCGGAAGACAAAAUUGCUGAACUACAAUACCUCCGACGGGUAUUCAAAACCAAUGGCUACCCGCGCAACUUCGUCGACCGGUGCAUACGCAAAAGGGGCGAAAGGCCUAACCGCACGGACACCAAGUCUUGGCGGGCACUUCCGUAUGUCAAGAACGUUUCGGAAGCUGUCGGCCGCCUUCUCGCACCACUUGGGGUUGGAGUGGCAUACAGACCGGAGGCAACCAUCAGGCGUCUGAUCAUGAAACCGAAAGACCCACUGCCACGGCUAGAAACGUCUGGAGUAGUUUAUCGGAUCUGGUGCAGUUGCGGACAAAGCAACUACGUCGGAGAAACCGGAAGACAGCUCCGGACGAGAAUGGCCGAACACGCGGCAGCGGUGCGCAGAAAUGACGCCAGCUCUCAAGUUGCAGCUCAUUCGACGAGAUCCGGCCACACAUUUAAAUUCGAUGAGGCCAAAAUUCUCGCAAGAGGUGACAAACGAGUGAGCCGGGAGCUACUGGAAUCAUGGUUUACUGGCCUCCAGUCCAUCAACAAGUGCAACGAUCUUCCCAUUCCAUACUCCGUACUGAAACUUCGCCUAGGCGGGGUAACAAGCCAUGCGGGGAGCGCAGAGGUGAACACUUUUCCCAACACCGGGGUCGAUGCGUCAGAUGGUCGAGCAAUCAUCACGCCAACAUCCAACGCACGUGAUGAAAUUGCAGCAAUUAUCGACUCGAAUGUCGGCCGUCAAGCAAUGAUCACACCAAGUGCGACAAUCCCGAAUGAAGGGGGGAGCCGUGAAUGUUCAUAG